AUGUGGCGCUCUCUGGCUCUGCUUCUGCUUGGAUUCUCAGCACUGGUGCAGGUGUCUGUGCAGGGCCCGUACCAGAGGACUCUGCUGAAGAACCUGCUGAAGGACUACAACCGCAUGGAGCGGCCGGUGGCCAACGACUCGCUCCCGCUGACCGUGGUGCUGUCUAUGAGCCUGGUGCAGAUUAUGGACGUGGAUGAGAAGAACCAGGUCCUCACCACCAACAUAUGGUUAAAUAUGAAAUGGUUCGACCACUACCUAAAGUGGAACCAGACGGAGUAUCCGGGUGUGAAGAACCUGAGGUUCACCACAGAUCAGGUGUGGACACCUGACAUCCUGCUCUAUAACAGUGCUGAUGAUAAAUUCGACUCCAUGUUCAAGACCAACGUGCUCUGCAACUCCAGCGGCUUCUGUGAAUACCUGCCUCCAGGAAUUUUCAUGAGCACCUGUAAUGUCGACGUGCGCUGGUUCCCCUUCGACAUCCAGAAGUGCGAGCUCAAGUUCGGCUCGUGGACGUUUGACGGCUGGCUACUGGACCUACAGAUGACCGACGCCGACAUCUCCGGAUACAUGCCCAACGGGGAGUGGGACCUUGUGGGCGUACCGGGCACCAGGAACGAGGUGUUCUACGACUGCUGCAAGGAGCCGUAUCCAGACGUAACGUUCGUAGUGACCAUCCGGCGGCGGACGCUGUACUACGCGCUGAACCUGCUCAUCCCCUGCAUGCUCCUGUCCUCCAUGACCCUGCUGACCUUCCUGCUGCCCGCAGACUCCGGGGAGAAGAUCUCUUUGGGUAUCACUGUCCUUCUCUCUCUGACCGUGUUCAUGCUCUUGGUGGCAGAGAUUAUGCCAGCCACUUCAGACUCCAUUCCUUUAAUAGGGCAGUACUUUGCCAGUAUAAUGAUCAUUGUGGGGAUGUCCGUCAUCGCUACCACGGUGGUUCUACAGUAUCACCACCAUGACCCGACUGGGGGUUCCAUGCCCAAGUGGGUGCAGUUGGUACUGCUGCAGUGGGUGGCAUGGUUUCUGCGUAUGAAGCGCCCCGGCGAGGGCGACGACAUCGAGCGCCCGCCGUGCGCGCCCCACCUCCGCCGCUGCUCCUCGGGCUCCCAGAGCGGCAGCUUGCCCAACGCCGCGCCCGGCUCCUCGGCCCAGCAGCACCACCACCACUCGCCGCACCCGCUCCUGCCGCUGCACCCCCAGAACCUCCUGGUGGGGGCGCCGUCGCACCUGCACGCCCAGAGCAGCACCAACAACAACGCCGGCCUGCUCUACAUCGGCUUCCCCAGCCUGGACGAGCCGGCCUCCUCCCCCCCGCUCACCGAGCCCCUCUCCCGGGGAGGAGUCCCCACGGGGCCCCGGCCCACCCCGGGGGGGAACAGCACCACGGCGGCCAGCCCGCCCCCGCACCUCCCCUCCCAGUUCUGCGGCCCCCCUCCGCCCGCGCCCAGCCUGGAGACCCCCGGCUGCGCGAGCAGCGCCUCCAGCAGCGGCGUGGGGGGAGGCGGGGGCGCCGGCGGCGGGGGCUGCUGCUCGUGCUCGGGGGCCAGCGGUGCCGGCGGCGACCCCCAGCUCCAGGCCAUCCUGGACGAGGUGCGCUACAUGGCCGACCACUUCCGCACGCAGGAGGAGAACGACGGCGUGUCGGACCAGUGGAAGUUCGCCGGCGCCGUCAUCGACCGCCUCUGCCUGGUGGCCUUCAGCGUCUUCAACAUCAUCUGCACCAUCUCCAUCCUCAUGUCCGCGCCCAACUUCGUGGAGGCCGUCUCCAAGGACUUCAUCUGAACGACGGACC